ACUAUCAGUCAUUAAACAACACCUAGAAACGUCAAAUAAUAAAUAAAAGUAUUAUUUUUAUGUAGAAGUACAAGAAAACAUUUAAUUUAAUUUUUCAGUUCAGGUAUUUUCCUAUAUUUUGGUUGAGCUAUUGCAUUAUGAACGACAUUCUUAGACCUGAACUGGUUUGGAUCGAGGGUAGAUGUUAUAGAAUAAAUGACCCUACUACGGAAAAUUCACCGUUUCAAGAACAUGACCUCUAUGAAAAUGAUACUUUAAAUGAAUUUGAAGAGGAUGACAUUGAUGAUGUGGAAUGCGAAAUUGUGCAGAUGGAUGUUGACCGAUUUAGUACCAGUUUACAUGUAUCCAAACAUUACAUAGGAUCUGUGAUAGGGAAGAAAGGAGCUACUAAAGCAAGAAUUUGCAGAGACACAAGAACAGAUAUAAAAAUACCAAGACAAGGUGAAAACAAAGAUAUUACAAUUAUUGGAUCAAGUGUCGCUAAUGUCAAGGCUGCUGUGAGGAGGAUAAAUAUCAUUGUAAUGUCAUCAAGAAUGAGGCAAGCAUAUACACAUUUUGUAUCUAUUCCCAUGAACUCUCCUGAAAUUGUGAAGAAUUUUGAAAAAUUCAAGGAGGAGGUGCUUCGCAAAUGUUCAGGCAUAGAUGAGUCUUUGUUCAUCAGUUCUGCUAAACUGCAUAUAACAGUUGGUGUGAUGUGCUUGAUGGACAAUGAGGAACGUUUGCUGGCCUCCAAGUUGCUGACUGAAGCUAAGGACAAGUGUAUCAUGCCAAUGCUACGAGAUUAUUUGCCGUUAAGAAUCAGAUUGAAAGGCUUGUCGUACAUGAACGACGAGCCGCAAGCAAUACACGUGCUGUACGGCUGCGUAGAAGAAGACUCCGCGCCGCCGGGCCUGCUGCAGCGGGCGGUCGAUGCACUGCACGAAUACUUUUAUAAAGCAGGUUUCAUGGAAAAGGAAUUCAAUCGAGACAACGUGAAAUUGCACGUAACACUACUCAAUUCGAAGUAUAGAUCGAAAAAGAAUGAGAAAGAACAAAACGCCACAAACUCUAGACCUCAGAGGGAGACCUUCGAUGGCUCUGAGGUUUUGUCGACAUUUGGUGACUUUGACUUUGGUGUCAUAGAGUUCAAUGAUAUACAUUUAUCGCAGCGCAGCACUGUGGGGCCGGAUGGAUUCUAUCAACCUACUUGUGUUAUAUCUUGUUUAAGUUUAUAGUAAUAAAUGUUUAACAGUU